UCGGCCAUGUUCCAUGACAUCCGAAAGAACGAACAACACUGUUUAAGAGUGUAUUUACAUUCAGAUCGUAUGAAUGCAGUGAAAAAGAACUAGGAAAGGAUUGCAACUGUAAAAUCGUAUUCUAAUUAAUUUUGGAGAAGAGCUGGUGACAAAACUACUGACAAAGGAUCCUGUGUAUUUUGACAUUUUAGAAUCGGAAGUAUGAAGCAUUUUGACAGGCUCCCCCUAAGAACAGAUUGAUAAUUGCAUUUAUUUAUAAAGAAAAAUGCUCCAUUUUAGUAAGUGAUUUAACAAAAAGAUCAUACCUUGUGUACAGAGAGCAAGGUAUGAGUGCGGACUGCUCUCGAUAUUUUGAUAUACGACGAUUCCUAGACGCUCUCGAGACAUUAUGAUGUCUGCGGAGGAGAGAUUGAGAAAACUGAGUGAUUUGUACGUUGGAGGGGUACAGAACAGCAAUGGCCAGGCCCUCAGUGUGGAGACCCUGCUGGACGUCCUCAUCGUCCUGUAUGACGAGUGCUGCAACUCCACGCUACGACGAGAGAAAAACAUCUCCGAGUUUGUUGACUUUGCCAGACAGAUUGUUUCUAAGAUCAAGCACUACCGCUUACAUCGUGACGACUUUGAGGUCAUUAGGAUCAUCGGCAAGGGGGCAUUUGGGGAGGUUGCUGUUGUGAAGUUAAAAUCCACAGACAGAGUGUAUGCCAUGAAGAUUCUAAAUAAAUGGGAGAUGCUUAAACGAGCCGAGACGGCCUGCUUUAAGGAGGAGAGAGAUGUCUUGGUGUACGGAGAUAGAAGAUGGAUCACAAAUCUACACUAUGCCUUCCAAGAUGAAAAUUAUCUGUACCUAGUGAUGGACUACUACUGCGGAGGUGACCUCUUGACCCUGCUGAGUAAGUACGAGGACCGGUUACCGGAGGACAUGGCGCGGUUCUAUAUUGCGGAGAUGGUGCUUGCCAUCCACUCACUCCACACAAUGAAUUACGUCCACCGCGACAUCAAACCCGACAACGUGCUGCUAGACCUCACCGGUCACAUUGUACUGGCCGACUUUGGCUCUUGUUUACGACUGUUGGACGACGGCACGGUCCAGUCAUCUGUAGCAGUAGGAACCCCCGACUACAUCUCCCCAGAAAUCCUCAGGGCGAUGGAGGACGGACAUGGACGGUACGGACCGGAGUGUGAUUGGUGGUCCCUGGGUGUCUGUAUGUACGAAAUGCUGUACGGAUUUACACCCUUCUAUGCUGAGUCCCUCGUGGAAACCUAUGGCAAAAUCAUGAACCAUCAGUCGAAGUUUGAGUUCCCUACAGAUGAGGACAUAGAAGACAUUUCAGAAGAAGCCAAAGAUUUACUGCAGCGACUGAUCUGUGCUGCUGACAGGAGGUUUGGUAAAAACGGGCUGGAGGACUUCAUCAAUCAUCCAUGGUUCAAAGGGAUCAAGUGGGACGAAAUCAGAGACAUGAACGCUCCAUUUGUACCCGAAGUCAGUAGUCCGACCGACACUUCCAACUUUGAUGUAGAUGAAAGUGAUUUCAGACACACAGACACGAUACCCCCCACGUCCAAUGCUGCUUUCAAAGGUCAUCACCUUCCUUUCAUUGGCUUUACCUUCACCAAAGACAGUCAGAUAUCUGAUACCGGGAAUCUCCAGGACACCUCAGGGCUUGCGACAGAAAACUUAGAAUCUCUAGCAGCAGCGGCAUUUGAGAGACGGAUAGCCAAUCUUGAGAGAGAAAACAAAGAACUGCAGCGAAAACUUGGAGAGGCUAAUAACACAAUUCAGAGGAGUUCGGGGGAGAUAAAUGCUGCAGCUGGGGCAUCAUCUGCCUCAGCGGAGUCGGAGGUCCGUCAGCUCAAAGAGGAAAUUGCCGUCUUACACCGCGUGGUGGCCGAAUCUCAAACAGAAAUAAGUGAGGUUGAACAGGAUUUGAAAAGAGCUCAAGAUCAAAAGAUAGAAGUGGAGCGUAAAUUACGAUUAAUUGAUGAGGAAAAGCAGGCUCUUGAAAAGGACCUGCAGGAGUUCAGAGACAAGUACAAACUCCAGGCAAGAGAGCUUAAAGAUGCUGUGGCCAAGCAGAAGAUUGCUAUCGAACAAUUUACUGACACAAACGAGUCAUUGUUAAAAACACAAUCCAAAGUCAAAGAAUUGACUCGGGAAUCAAGGAACAGAGAAGAGGAAAUGGAUGAAUAUAGACGGAAGUUAGAUAGUGUCAAAAAUGAACGGAGAAGGGCAGAGAAAAACGUCCAGGAGCUUCACGGACAAGUGGACGAGUAUCGGGCGGAUUCUAACAAAGAGAGGAAGCUCCGAGAGCGAGCCGAGCAGUACUCGAGGGAACUCGAACAGGAAAUUGAGGCUGCCAAACGGAAAAAUCUCAACAGGGGUCCCACUGCAAGCCACUUAGAAAUGUCUCAGGAAAUCUCAAGGUUAAAGACAGAAUUAGACAGAAAAAGUGUUGAAGCUGAGGAAUCUCUGGCGAGACUGACUGCCAAACUACAGGCGGAGAUGAAGGACCUGAAGUUCCAUCUGUCAGAGGCUGAGAAUAGGAACAAGGACCUGAAGCAUGAGAGUAGUAUGCUGAAGGAGAAACUAAAUAACCAAUUGUCUAUAGAGGACCUCAGUAACCAAAUACAGAGGUUGAAGCUGCAGUCUGAGCAUUCAGAACGGGAGAAGUUGCAGGUUAAUGACGAAAACGAGAGGUUAAAGGAAGAAAUCUCCUUCCAACAAUCUGCCAUGAAUGACCUGGUGAAAGAGAAGAAUCAGCUCGAACAGGAGAUGAGGGAGAUUUAUGACAAACGGGAGUCUGUGGCUCAAUGGGAGGCCCAAAUCUCAGAGAUCAUUAAGUGGGUGAGUGACGAGAAAGACGCCCGCGGUUACCUCCAGGCCCUGGCCAGUAAGAUGACGGAGGAACUGGAGAACCUCAAAGUGAUGGGCGUGUCAGACGAUGGGGGUCGACAGAGAUGGAGGAACAGGAGAUCUCAGAGACUGGACAAGAUGGAGCUGCUGACUCUACAGUCCAACUUAAACAGUGAAAUCCAGGCCAAGACCCAGAUCAGUGAGGAGCUGACACGCUUCAAAUCCCAGAGCGUCAGUCUAGAAAAUAAAUGUGAGGAGCAGAGUGAGCUGAUCAGGAAACUCAAGAAAGAGUUGGAGGAUCUCAAGUCACAGAACGAGCGUCUUCAGAGUCAGAAGGAUACCGACUUGGAUAAGUCACAUCAUGACUCAAGUCUGAUGAAUUUCUUCAAGGGUCAGAAUUUUUUCAAAGGAGGCCAGUUUUCUUACCUAAAUGAUUCGGACCAUGAGAGUAUGCAUGAUGAGGACAGCAUCAGUGAGGAUGCCCUCUCGCGUGGGGGGACAGACUCGCGCACCAGCUCCCAGCGGGACUUGAGCCGUGAAGAGAGCCACCACCCAUCCUCUAGCCCAGCCAGUACCAUCCACACCAGUCACCCCGCCCCAGAACAGGUGUACGACCAGCCCUGGGGCGCCGCCAAGUUCGGCCCGAUUAACAUCAGUCCCUCUCAGAGUCUGCCAGCACACACCAAAACUCAUCAGUUUAUCAUGAAAACAUUCUCAUUGCCAUACAAGUGUAACCAUUGUACAUCUCUGAUGGUGGGCAUUCAGCGACAGGGAGCCACUUGUAGUGACUGUGGGUAUUCCUGUCACAUCCACUGCAUGGAGAAGGCCCCCAUGGUGUGUCCUGUCCCUCCGGAUCAAACAAAGCGCCCUAUGGGGAUAGACGUCUAUAAAGGCAUAGGCACAGCUUACGAGGGCUAUGUCAAGGUUCCUCGGAUGGGAGGCAUCAAGAAGGGUUGGACGCGGCAGUUUGUUGUAGUCUGUGAUUUUAAAUUAUUUUUGUAUGAUAUUAGUCCUGAUCGCAACCAACCCAGUCAUAUAGUGCAACAAGUGCUAGACAUGCGAGAUGAAGAAUUCACCGUUAGCCCAGUGCUGCCCUCUGAUGUGAUUCACGCCAACAAGAAGGAUAUACCAUGUAUAUUUAGAGUCACCACCAGUGAGCUGAACCCCCCAGGAACCAAACACCAGGUCCUGAUGCUGGCUGAGAGCGAACAGGAACGCCACCGCUGGGUGGGGGCUCUCAACGAACUCCAUAAACUCCUACGCAAAAACAAGCUUCCCAAUAAAGCUGCCUAUCUUGCACAAGAAGUUUGUGACAAUUCUUUAUCUCUAGUCAAAGGAACUCUUUCCGCUCAAGUGCUUGAUUCACAACGUGUGGUCCUAGGAACAGAGGAUGGUCUAUAUGUUGCUCAGUUAGCAAAGGAUAUUUUGUUAAGGAUUGGAGACAAGAGUGAGAAGAAGCCUGUCUUUCAAGUUGAACUGGUUCCCAGUGAACAGCUGGUGGUCUUCAUCAGUGGUAAACAGAAGCACAUCAAGCUGCUGCACCAGUCUGGCCUGGAUGGUCAUGAUACGGACCCGGUUAAGAUCCCGGAGACCCGUGGCUGUCAGCUGUUUUGUGUGGGGACUACCACUAACGGCCUGCAGGGCACCCCCGUCACCUGUCUGUGUGUAGCCAUCAAACGGACGAUACAGGUGUACGAACUGAACAAAACGCGCCAAAAAUUCCGUAAAAUCAAGGACAUUCAGGUUCCAGGGCAAGUGCAGUGUCUGGAGAUGAUGAGCCAGGGGUUGUGUGUGGGUUGUCCCUCCUAUAUGGCUAUUUAUAGUGUUCUUGGGGAUUCCCCUCCCACAGCCCUCCUGGAUGGGGAAGAUAAUUCUCUGCGGUACCUGUGUCAAACACAAGUCGACUCCCUGCUGGCAGUGGAGUUACCAAAGAAUGAAUUCCUCUUGAUCUUCAGUGUGUGCGGUGUGUAUGUAGAUUCAAGUGGAAGAAGAAGUCGUCCCAAUGAACUCAUGUGGCCAGCUCUCCCCCAGGCUGUCGCCUACAAGGAACCCUACCUCACCUGUUAUGCAGAGAAUACUGUGUACAUGUUUGAUGUCCAACAGGCAGAAUGGGUACAGACCCUGUGUCUGAAGAAGACAAAGCCCCUGUCUCGGGAUGGCUCAUUAAAUCUCUACACAAACUUGGACAUGCAGCAGAUAGUGUAUUUCAAAGACUUACAUGCAGAAGAAGACGCCCUGGCUGUAGCUGAAAUAUUCAAAGGGAAAAGUGUCAAUCGCAACAAGCGCAGAUUUUCUUUUAAAACAAGAGACGACCAUGAUAGGGGAUCGCGAGGCCCUGAACGGAGAUCACGGGAAAUCUCAGCUCCGAUGUCCUUCAGCCAUGUGGCUCACAUGGGGCCGGAUCAGGUGUUUGCUGGCACCACCCACAGCAUCCCCACCACCCAGUCAGACCGAAGGUCAAAGAUUAUAUCUGGUCCAAUCAACUUCAGCCAUGUAGCUCACAUGGGACCUGAUCAAGGAAUGCAAGCUUUAAUCGACCUACCCAGGGCUGCACAGAGUGGGAACGGAGUGCCCACGAGUCCUGGGGUGGACGCCAGCCAGAAAAACAAGCUCUUCUCCAUGAAACCACUGCAAGAAGUUCAUAUGAGGGGGACAAGGCCGCUCUUGCCACAUCCUAAUGGAAGUGCCCAUCGUGAGUCAAGUUCAAAGGUCGGAGCAAUGAAUAACCGGCAGCCAUCCUCCUCUUACCCUGAAAGUCCCGACACCCCGAACGAUUCGUCGUCCCUCGGGGACCUUUCCACUGCCAUAUUUGAGCAACUGUCCAUUUCGUUGUGUGAUCUGACACUCAAGGACAUCUCGUUUGACCGGCCGGGGAACCGCCUGUCGGUCGCCUCCACUGCCAGCAGUACUUACAGCAGCUCCCCCGCCUCCGCUCGGGAAAGCCUGUCCGGAGAGCAUCACCAGCAGGACGACCCCGAGGUCCAGACCUCUCACCUGUGACGCUUCUCGCCUGUCAUGGAUGGUCAGUCAGAGGGCAGUCACUGCUGGGGAUGGUCACGUGAUGGUGUGGCAGUUAGUGGAGGACAGUUCUCGCCCCCUUUUUAGAUUUAGCCCCCCUUAUCGUUGAUGUAUAUGGCUUUGCGAUUCCGAGCUAACCGUCAUGCUUCAGUGACCACACACCUGGGCACCGUGCGUCACUCAGUCUCCCCGUGUGGUAAUAUUAAAGGGUAGAAAACGAUCAAUCUUUGUGUGUGUGUUCUGAAUGUAAUCAUGGCUCCAAUGAUUUGUUGAUGGGACUCAUGCAGUCACCUACUUUGGCUAGGAAUCUGUUUUUGUGGAUUGUCCACAAUGUUCCUGGAGAUCUGAAACAUUUUAUCAUGUACUAGGUCCAUUUUGUAUAAAAUGUCACGAGAUUAUAAUACUGUUACUUCCUGUGUAAUCCUGACUAGUUAAGUGUAUAUAUAUUGUUUAUUAUUUACACACAGUAUUUAUCAAGCCCUGGAAAUGUGAUUAUUACACUGGAGGUUCACAGUCAGCCUAUUUUUAGAUCAGUGAGAGCACCUGUAUCAAUGGCCCCUCUUUUUGAGAUUUUAAUGGUUAAUUUUAUAGCAGUGAUUGAUGUUACCUCUUCUGUUGCUAUGGCAAUGUGGAUUUCAGUAUGCUUGAGUCUUCCAUAUUUUGUGACCUGAACUGUUUUGAACAGAAACAGGUGCCCUGUGUGUGAGGAAAGUGGGGGUUGUCUCCCCUUUGUACAAGGUGCUCUAACAAUAUGUACUUAAAAACCAAAGCAAAUAUCAGCUUCUUUUUAUUUGCCAUGUACAGAGUGGUUUCUGUUUUUUUGUGCCAAAUACAUUUUACUGAUAACUGACAGGAAAUGUGAUGUCUGAGCGGUCUAGAUCUUUGAACUUUUUCUUCCAGAGAUGGAUAUUUUUACGGUAUGUUGUUAAUGUUAUGCUUGCUUCUACAUAUUCUUUACCUUGUAUUAAAACAUUAUUUUUAUAACAACGUUGCACUUGAUUAGAUAAAAAUUAGUUCAAUAAUACCUAAUUCCCUUCUUUUUUAAUUCUUUGUCAAUGUUCAAGAAUUUUUAGCUUAGAAAAAAGAAUACUUUUUCGUUGGUAAAUUUUUCAUUUGUACAAGUGAGACAUUAGUUUACUAGUGAACAAAUAGUUGCAGUGUUUGGUUCAAUGUGAUACACAACUGGCAAUGCAAUAGCUUGUCUGGUAUCUGCCCCAUCUAUCCACUAGUGCACUGUCAGACUUAAUGAAGACUGAUGCAUGGUGAUGACCCGAUAAGUCAAGGGGAGGACAUCCAGGACACUAAACUUCGGGUAACAUUCCAGUGGCAUUUCUAUUUAUAGCACUGGAUUCAGUGUCACCUGACUGGUAGUCUAUUUAUAGCACUGGAUUCAGUGUCACCUGACUGGUAGUCUAUUUAUAGCACUGGACACUGGUAGUCUUAGUUCAGCUCCACAUGGUUGGCGUUUCAUCCGUUUCUGUGUUGCCAUGGGAACCAUGCCUUCUGUGUGAUUUCUACCUCCGCUAGAACAAAUCAUUAUUGUGAUCAAACUAUUUAAACAAUUUAAUGGCAUGGACUGCUACAGGUCCUAGCAUUGUGAUGGUGUAAUCUGACCGGCAUUUACUGACUUGAGGUCUCUCAUGAACUACAUGUACAACUAACCCUUCACAGAAAUUCUCCCCCUCUAAUUCUGAUGUCUCUGUAGAAUAUAACAUUUCUAACUCAUAAAGAUUUAUGAGCAUUUAGUGAUUAUUAUUUAAUUUCCAUGCCAGGCAGAUGAAUAAUUUGUGUAAAGGUUGAAUUUUGUGCCCUGUUUAGCUUUGUACAUUUAAGUAGUUCUCAGUUCAAGGAAUCAAAAUAAUGAAGUGCAAUUGGCUGUAUAUAUAGUGUGAGGGGAUGUAUAUAUGUAAAUGUAUAAACAACACUGCAUAUCAGUCGGCUGAGUCUGUAGCUCCCAUUGUGUAGGCUUCUGCUAAUUAUUGUAUAGAAUUUUUAUAACACAGUAAUAACUAUGUAUUAAAUGCAAAUUUAUAAAAAAAAAUGACAAUGAAUCAGACAAUUAUUAAAAAAAAACUGCUGAAAAUAUA